CCAUCUCAUGUCCAUCCCUUAAAUGAUUGGCCAGCGAGCAGCAGCGGUCCACAUGCUGGCCGAUGAUUGGUCCGCGCGAACGUCUCUCAAACUCUGACGCCGUUGCGUUUGCCCAGAACGUGGAUGAGGCCAGUGGUCCCCAGGAAGCAGCUGUCCCUCACACGGUGGUUUUACGGCGCAGUAGACGGAGGCAGCGUCCAGUCCGGAGGUCAGAGGUGUCUUAUGGAGGCUUGAGGCUGUCGGGUUAGCUUGUCGUUAGCCUCGGGGGGCUUCUGCUAUGAUUGGCGUGAGCUGUUUCUCCUGGUAGGUCUGUGUUGACGAGCGGUGCACUGGAGCCUGUAGCCGCACGUCACAAAACCCACCGGAUUACUUCUUUUAUUUCUUCACCUGUGUGGCCGGCGGAGAGCCCACCUUUGACUCUGGAGCAGGACACGGAGGAAAGUGUGGCCAUGACGGGAGGGACUGCAGCGACCCUUCCCAUGAGCAACCACACCCGAGAAAGGGUGACUGUGGCCAAGCUGACGCUGGAAAACUUCUACAGCACUCUGCUCACCCAGCAUGAGGAGCGUGAGAUGAGGCAGAAAAAGUUGGAGAAGGUAAUGGAAGAUGAAGGUUUACCAGACGAUGAGAAAGUCAUGCGACGCUCGCAGCACGCUCGUAAGGAGACCGAGUUUUUGCGACUGAAGAGGACGCGACUGGGCCUGGACGACUUUGAGUCUCUUAAAGUUAUCGGACGAGGUGCUUUUGGAGAGGUGCGUUUGGUGCAGAAAAAGGACACGGGCCACAUCUACGCCAUGAAGAUUUUGAGAAAAGCAGACAUGCUGGAGAAGGAGCAGGUUGCUCAUAUUCGAGCAGAGAGGGACAUUCUCGUGGAGGCAGACGGCGCCUGGGUGGUCAAGAUGUUCUACAGCUUCCAGGACAAGAGGAACCUCUACCUCAUCAUGGAGUUCCUGCCUGGAGGCGACAUGAUGACCCUGCUGAUGAAGAAGGACACUCUGUCAGAAGAAGCCACGCAGUUCUAUAUCGCAGAGACAGUUUUAGCCAUCGACUCCAUCCACCAGCUGGGCUUCAUCCACCGAGACAUCAAACCUGACAACCUGCUGCUGGACUCCAGGGGACAUGUGAAGCUGUCAGAUUUCGGCCUGUGCACGGGACUGAAAAAAGCUCAUCGUACAGAGUUUUACAGGAACCUGACCCACAACCCACCCAGUGAUUUCUCCUUUCAAAAUAUGAACUCCAAGAGGAAAGCAGAGACAUGGAAGAAGAACCGCAGGCAGCUGGCUUAUUCCACUGUGGGAACGCCAGACUACAUUGCUCCUGAGGUCUUCCUGCAGACGGGAUACAACAAGCUGUGUGACUGGUGGUCUCUGGGUGUCAUCAUGUAUGAAAUGCUCAUUGGUUAUCCACCCUUCUGCUCGGAGACGCCGCAGGAGACGUACAGGAAGGUGAUGAACUGGAAGGAAACGCUCGUCUUCCCCCCUGAAGUCCCCAUCUCAGAGAGGGCCAAAGACUUGAUAUUAAGGUAUUGCACUGACAAUGAGAACAGGGUUGGAGCUGUGAGCGUGGAAGAGAUCAAGAGUCAUCAGUUCUUUGAGUCAGUGGACUGGGAGCACAUCAGGGAGCGGCCGGCAGCCAUCUCUAUUGAAAUCAAGAGUAUUGAUGACACCUCCAACUUCGAUGAAUUCCCUGAAUCAGACAUCCUUCAGCCAGCCAAUUCGACUGAGCCAGACUUCAAGUCCAAGGACUGGGUGUUCCUCAACUACACGUACAAGCGCUUCGAGGGUCUGACCCAACGAGGCACCAUCCCUACAUACAUGAAGGCAGGGAAGGCCUGAUGCGCUCAAACAGGGGGAGGCAGUCGUUGAGGAAAUAACAACAAAAAAACAAAAACAGACGUUUACGGACACAGGGUCGGGCCCUGGAGCCCCGCUGGUGCUGAAGGCUGCGCUGACAGCCUCUCAGUCUAAAUUUAACCAUCACAAUUUAUUAGGUCUGCUCAGCCGCCGCAAGAACUCCUAAAAGCAUUACCGCAUUACCUCGGUUGUUUAUACUGUUUACCUGUGCUGUCUCUAGCCAUAGCUCUCAGGCCACCUCACCACCUAGGACACUAAAUCAGCAUAUCUGCAUGAUCAGCGGCACAUUGCUUCUGGAGAGAUUUGGUUCGCUGCCUAAAAGCAUUCAAAUGGCGGCGCUGGGAGUGACGCUCAAAAACAAAUCACUGCUUCGACAUCUUUGCAUCGAUACGUCUCAGCACUGAUGGCUAAAUUGGCUCUGAUGCAACGGAUUCUUGAUGUUGAGAACAAGCUCUAUACACUGUAGUCAAACUCUGGAUUAUUACUCACCCUUACUCUGUACAUGGAGCUGAUGGAAAGUUCCAGCAUGAUUUCUGGUGUUUUUAUUUCUGCUACAGUUCACAAAACCUUAAGCUUCUUUUUUAGCCCAGAGAAAUAUCUUGUUUUGGUUUACCUGGUGGCUUGACUGGUUCUACAGCUAUGCUACUAAGGCAAUGGUUAAGGUUAGUUAGGGUUAGGGAUAGGGAUAGUAAAGGUUUGGGAUGGUUAGGGUGGGGGACAGCGGACCACCUACGUAGAGAAUUCCCCUAAGAGCUCCUUGUGCAUAAACCUUCAUGGCCUGUUUAAAAAAAAUCUAAAGUCAUUUAGGCGGUAGGGUUAUGGUUGGGCAUCUAGUUAGGGUAAGGGGCUAGGGAAUGAAUUAUGUCAAUGAGUGUCCUCACUAAGAUAGGAGUACAAACGUGUGUUUGUGUAAACCUAACCUUGAUUAAGGUUUAUGGCGGUGAUGUUGCUUGCCACCUGCCAAUAAACAAUAAAGACAAAGGUUAGCGCUAAGAUGUGAAUUGUGGUUAGGUUAAGGUUAGGGUCAGGGAUGAACUGGCCAUGGUCAAGCUUAGUGGUAAAGUCUGGAAGUCAAUGCAAAGUCCUAAUAAGGAUAGCUGCUCAAACCUCUGUAUGUGUGCAUCAUUGCAAUAUGUUGACAUGCUUGGCAGUUAUAUAAAGGUGUAAUAAUACAGAGGAGGUUAUGUUCUCGUCUGCGUUCAUAAGUCUGUCUGUCUGUGAGUUAGCAGGACUACGCAAAAACUACUGAAUUACCGCAGAAGUUGCUGGAAGAAUCCAUCGAAAGAAUCUGUUAAUUUUUGGUGCAGAUGAGGGAAUUUGUUUUUCAGUUUCUGUCACAUUGUGAGAAUGGGUGUUUUGCAACCCUUUCAUUCAUUUCUCAAAAGAUAACUCAUGGAUCCUAAUGGGGAAAAAGAGUAAGGUAUAUUUAGGGUUCUAUCUUUGAGUUUGUGCCACUUAUUCACAGUGUUGGAUGAGGUUGACAUUAAAGCGUCUUAGCUUUUUUUGUACCACCUGAAAGCUUGUAUAAAUAUGAUUGAAAAGGCUACAAGAUCUAAAACAAACAAGUAAAAAGUCAAAUCAUGCUGGAAUCGUCCUGUUGCCCGUCACAUGGUGCCAAACAAAUUGCGCUUGAGUGUCUCUUCCCUUCAGAGCCCAUGGUUUGGUUCAGAUUAGUGCUAUUGUAAUAAAUGUCUCUCUUGUUUGGGAUUCCAAAUGAGUCUGGCAGCCAAUCGCUUCCUUCUUAGACGGACAAAACAUGCAAAGUGCCUUUAGAUAUUUAACCAGAUUUGUUAGAGGUUUCAUCCGGAAUUAGUCAGAAGGACGUUAAUAACAAGAAUUAGUUAUAUAGGCAAUGAGGGAGAGAAAUAUAAGGAAAAGAAUAGAAACACAGGGAAAUUAUUCUAAAUGUGCUCAUUCAGCUUUUUAAAUGUGCGUGUGAGAAACAUUAUUUGAGUGAUAAAACAAAGGCAGUUUAGAAAAAGCUUGGUUUUAUAAGUUAGAUAGGCGAUCGUAAAGAAAGUAUUGCGUCAAAGCAAACCCUCGCUUUGUUUGGCGAGUAAAGAGAAAUAUAAUAAGAACAGAUUCAUGUCAUGGAAAUCUAUGCAUGUAUGAUAAAAAUGUUCUUCCGUUGAGGUUAAAUUUUCAUUGUUGAUAAUGAAUUUAGUUUCCAUUUGCUGUAUUUAAUUUGUUUUUCUUUCUCUUCAAAAAAAAAACCAUCAAUAACAUCAAACGCAAGGUCUCGCUUUGUCCACGAUAACAAAUCAUCAUCACGUCUGCUAAACGUAGUAACCAAAGAACUGUGAUCGCCAUACGUCUUGAUCUGAACACACAUGUUCAGAUGUAGCUGUCGCUUGCUGCACUCAACUUCAAACUACCUUUUAGACAAACACACACCUUUUGGUUCCGACAAAGAAAAAGGUGUGCGCAGGGGACCGGACGUUUCUCAGUUCUGUCAAGACUUAACCACGUUGAACUAAGCUGUAGCCAUCAUAAGAAUCCCACAUUAACAGUCUGAUUUGGGAGGAAUUGAAGGAACUAAGUGGUUCAUCAGUGGAAAAUGUUAGUGUUGUGUUAAAUUACACCUACACCAGCCUCCGCCUUUUUACAAUUUAAUCUGUUUAACCUACAUCCAAUAAGUCCUGAUGGAAACCCGUUGACUACGAAUGCACCAACAAAAUUGACCUAUAGCAUUCAAAGUAUGGUCAACUGAAGGCAGAUACUUGUAUAUUUUUGCAUUAUUUAUUAUUUUUCAUGAGAUUUUGUUCUUACAUUCAGAGGAUUGAAAUUGGAUGAUGUUCUUUUUGGGGUUGUUCUGGGAUUCAAAAAGAUUCUCCAUAGAUUUAGCACUUUUAUAAAGUUGAAAAAGAUUAGAUAAUACUAAUAAUAGUAAAAUUAUAUUUAAUUGAUGCAGCAGAGGCCAAGGAAUCCCAUGAUUCCAACUCUGCUGUUUUAACCCUCUAUAACUAGUAAAUGUGUCUUCCAUUCUCCAGUAAUACUCCCAAUUAGGAGUAAACUAACUAAUAAAAUAUGUGGAAACCCCCUUUAAUUACUGGAUCAUAUCAGAUUCACAUCCCUGACCUGAUGGUGUUUUAUCCCAUUAUAAACAUCCCAAAGUCUGGGUUUAACUCAAACAGAAAUAUAAUGGAAGCUGAAAGCAGUACAGUAGCAGGGACUGGUGCACAAUGGGGGAUUUUGCUGAUGGCUACCGCUGCAGAUUUUCUGGCUGUGUCUAAUCACUGGAACAUACAGAUCAUACUUUGAAAAGGGCCCAACGGCUGCAUGAGGAUAGACCUCGUCUCCCAACCGAGGUGGUCCAUGAAAAACGAAUGUUGGAUGGUGACUGUGUGAUGAAGCUAAAGUGACACACAAUAAUGGACAUUUUCAUGAAGUGGUAGAAUAAUCUGUGAUUUUUUGUUGUUGUGAGGUGACAUGUCACCUUGGUCUUUGUCAAACUCGUCUGUGCUGUAAUAGAGACUUGACUACACUUUUAUUUUCAAGUACAUCCACAGAAAAAACUAAAGUAAGAAGAGGGUAAAUACCGUAUUUGGGAUCCACACAAUGCUAUAUAUGUAUAUAAAAGAGGACUUGAAUUCCAUUGCUGCGCCACUUUAUCUGAGAGGAGUUAAAUUAUGGUGAGAAAUAGGGAUUUCGAGAAAUUUGUCCAGAUAAUUCAUUCCUGAAGGACCAACCAUUACAACAUCACAUAAUCUGUCAUGUCUGGAUAUUUAGAGAACACAUUUUCCCAACUCAGAUUAAGGAAAAUGCAUAUAAGCCAGUGACACAAAACUAAAAUGUAACUCAUUCACAUCUAGUGUCUAGAUUUAGAUUGAAGAAGUCUACCUACUUCGCUGCCUCGGAAAACUCAGAGCGCAGCAAUGUAGCUCAUAAUGUGUAACCCCCCCCCCCCCUUGUAAAAGCAAGAAUCAAAGCUCCCCGUAAUCAAGACUUUAUAAGCCCUCCGCCGGCGAUGUGUUUUAGGUGUAAUGAUGUACAUAUUGUUGUAGACACUUGAAGGAAGCUUUCUGUAAGGUGAAGGAGGGAAAGUUCAUUAAUAUAUUCAUUCACACUGGUGAGUUUUUAUGUAGAUAAAAUGCUUAAAAUAAUAAAAAAUUUAACACUUAAAA